GAUAAGAAAGACUUUGUCUUACCAAGGACCACAAACUUCAAGGGAGAGUUCUUUAAAUUAUCCACCACACUUCUAGUAACCCCUUGCAAAGACAUUUGAAAUUGAAAUCCCUCAUAGCCCAUCAGAAACACAUACUGUAGCUUUUGAAUAUAUCACAUUUCUGCUUGAAAGGGUACACAAGGGUGUCCUCAGUCAUGAUGGGGUAAAUGGUCCCAUUACUGUAUGCUCAAUAAAUGAAAACUGUUAUGGGUUUGAAUACCCUGCAGUACCUUUGGGGUUGAGUGGCAGAUAGGUGAAGCCAGUGAUGACAGAUAAUCACGAGGCUUGAGAACACUCGGAGACUCUGCCUCCAGCCCAGGGUGUCAUUUAGGUACAGAUGGAGCCGGGUCUGGACCAGGGCCCCUGCUGCUCUCCCUGACAUCACUAUCCCUGUGGCCAGGGAACGCUUGGAGUUGAAGUACUGGCUCACCAUGAUCAUACCUGCUCCACAGGAGGGGGGUGGGAGAUGGAGGUGAGAUAAUGUGUUAGCUGUCGUGGCCUUGAGAAUACAACAAUGUAGCUUACCCUCUAACAAGAUACAAUAUGAAUUAGAAAAGUUAUGGAUGGAAGUGUCAGUGAAUCCAUAGUGUAAUUAACUGCUAGCUAAUUUCCUCCCUCCCCUGUACCAACCUAGGGUGAAGGCAAAGCUGGAGCCCACUCUACUGAGGAAGCCAUGUGUGAAGAACAGCGUUCCUAGAUUGGGUGCAUAUGACGAGCAUACUAUGGAGAUCAUGAUGAUGAGGGAUCCUAGAAUGGAGAACUCUCUGGCCCCGUACCGUCAGCUUCCCAGACAGGGCCACACAGAUCAUGAUGAAGCCGUAGCCGAUGGAGCCAACCCAUGCUACAGGCCAGCAGAGAGUGGGUCUUAAGGUUAGGUAGCUAGCAGGGUUCCAUGUAUAACAUGUAGGUACAGCAGCAGGUCAUUUGUGCAGUUUGGUAACUACUUGUUAAUUACAGGUGUAUCACCAUUUACACAUGAUCUCACAAUCCCUUUUGAAAUACAAAAUAGUUGUUGUAAUGUGAAGUUACAACAGUUGAGUUUACAGUGUAAUGUGAAAUUGUUUCAGUCUGAUGACAAACGUUAUGUUAUUAACGGUAUGCGAGCUUAGUGUUCCGGUUCGAAGAGACCUCAGGGGGCUAAAUAAAGGUGGAUAGGCCUACAUGCCUAGGAACAUUUAUGUUCUUCGCUGCAUGCAAGUUUCACCCAGUUCUGUCUGACAUCACAAUUGCCAUAAAGGUGUUUCCCAGGUAACUGGCGUGCUAAAGGCCACUGGUUCAUUCAUUCUACAUUUCUAAUUCUAUGCCAUUUCUAAUUCUAUGCCAUAGAGAUAAUUCUAUGUUCUUUGCACUGGCCAGUACCCAGUCAACUUUUGUUUGAACUUAAUAUCCAUUGACUAAAAUACCAAUAGGAAGCACUGUAAUACAUUUGGAUAUGAUUAGGAAAUUAUUUCAUUUUUUAAAAUCAAUUGCAAAUGUUGUUUUUUUAUAAAUAUUUUCCAGACAUAGAAGCUGUUUAGUUUCAAUUUUAUUUUAGCGAUUUGUAUUUUAUUGUAGUUUUUUUUUUAACGCUUAUUGCUGUACAGAUGAUGAUGAUCCAAACUGUAUCACAUUCGGCGGUGAUUGGGAGAUCCAUAGGGCGGCGCACAAUUGGCCCAGCGUGGACAAGGUUUGUUCGGGUAGGCCGUCAUAGUUAAGAACCUAUUCUUAUUUACAGACUUACCUAGUUAAAUAAAGGUUACAUAAAAAAAUGUGUGUUCAGGAAUGUAUUUGUUCUUCAGUCCCUUUAACCUGACGCUAUUUUGAAUACAGUAGCGGCAGAUGUCGUCGCGCAUAGGCUGGAUCACAUGGUACGCAAAUGUGUGACGUAGUAGGUUAUUGGAUAGAAGAGGAAGAGAAGAUGUCUACUGCCAUCCUAAUAUAGCAGAAAAUAAAAACAUCGACCCAAUUCAUUCUACACUCAUCAUUUAGCGGUCGAGGCUACAACCACUGCAUGGUAUUGUUGCAUAACGGUCUCAAUGGCUGUGGCACAUGCGAAACAAACGGUCCUAAAUCCGGUGAUUCCAUUCACUGGGGCCAUACCUGGGGGACUACACCCCGGGGAGAUAGUCCUUAUCCAGGGCACUGUUCACAAUGAUGCUGACAGGUUCCAGAUGGACCUAUCCUGUGGCACCAGCACUAAACCUCGUGCGGACAUCGCCCUCCACUUCAACCCCCGUUUUAAGGGCUCCCCGUGCGUGGUGUGUAACUCCCUGGUGCAGGAGAGUUGGGGCUGGGAGGAGACCCUUCAGCAGCUGCCCUACAGACAGGGAGCAGCCUUCGAGACGAUCAUCCUGGUCCACGAUGAUGUCUUUAAGGUGGCAGUAAAUGGUUCUCAUUUGUUAGAAUACAAGCACAGAAUCUCACUGGACAGGAUUGACACAUUUUCUAUAUCUGGGAAAGUCAAGUUGCGCGCCAUUGGCUUUAUACCAAGCUCAGCAAUAUACUCAAUCUCAGGUGACCUGAGUCUCCCUUACAAAGGCAGUCUACUGAAAGGGGUGAGUCCAGGACAGCACAUCACAAUCAAGGGACAUGUCAGCAUGUACCCACACAGCUUCACUGUGAACCUCCGCAACAACGGCAGUGAGAACAUCGCUCUGCACCUGAACCCCCGGAUGAAGUCGGCCAUGUUCAUCAGGAACUCCUACCUGAGUGAGUCCUGGGGACCAGAGGAGAGGGAGCUUCCCGUCUUCCCCUUCUCGCCUGGGGAGUACUUUGAGAUGCUGAUCCUCUGCCAGCCCCACCAGUUCAAGCUGGCGGUGAAUGGCUCUCACCUGCUGGAAUACAGGCACCGGGUGCAGGACCUGAGCACCAUCAACCAGCUGGAGAUCAUGGGAGACCUGGAGCUGAUGGACAUCAAGCUGUGGUGACCUAUGACAGAGGCAAGCUAGGCCACAAUGGGCUAAGCCCUAUUCUGGACGACAGGCCCGUUCACAACUCCCCCACCCUGGGCAGUGAGCAGUGCUUGAGCCAGCCUGAUUAUGGGUUCCAAUGUCUGAGCCAUGAGGUUUACAGCUGAGGUAGCCUUGGAUCUGUUUGAGUGGGUCUACAGGAUUUGACAGUAAUACUUGUAUGCACUAUCUGGUGCAAGGGAGGCUGGAAUAAUGUGUAAUGACAGGAGUAUUAUAGAAACAGCCCCAUUUACACCUUGCGCUAACCUGUGGGUUUUGUGAUCUGAUCAAGGUUUGUUGCGUCUCUACAUAGUAUUAAAAUGUAUCUUAUCCAUCCGCAUUGACUGGAUUUUCUAGUCCCUCCCUUACAUUUGAAAUAAUUAUUAAUUUAUUUAAGACAAUUAUUAAUGCCACCUGUCAAUGAUUUAGAGGCUGGUAUGAUGAUGAUUUAAAUGGUUUGACCCUCCAGAUCUGUUUACAAUGGCUUGUCUACCUCUGGAGGUGGUCAGGAAGAUAUGACUACAAUGUAUUUUAAUCCACUACACCGGUCUAAAAAUAUGGUCACAAUCAAGACAGAGGUCGCUUGUUAGCACCAGGUAUAAACUCAUUGGAAGGCCAGAAUGUCCAUUUACAUUGACAGGGACCGUGAUUUGGAAGGGCUCGACUAAAAUAUCUCUUGGAGCUGCACUGUUUCAUCAUUCUAAAAUUAAAUACUUAACCCUAAUCACUAAAAUAAUACACUCAUUCAUCCAUCUCAGGUUCUUCAGUGCUGAAACAAAUUAUAGGAUGGUUACAGGUGCUGCUUGACAACUCCGAUUAUGAAAAUCCUGAAUAUAUAUAAUGUUCUGUACCUGAGGGAACAUGUGGCUAUUUAUUUACCCUCUGUAGGAUAUGUUCUUUAAAUAUAAUCCAAUAGCUGUUUAAGUUCAUACAUUAAAGGCAACAUGGCCUGAAAAGGUUGUCACAAGGUCAAACUCUUUCAUGUGAAAUGGCCAAAUCUAGUUGACUAAGCUCACCGACCAAAUGACCUAGGGCUGGGUUCAAUCCGUAUCGCCUGAAGACCAGCAUUAUAGCUUGAUUGAAAUGUAAAGGCAACAUGCGGAGACUGCAUUGGAAAUUACCUUCGCAUUUUAACGCGUCUCUUCCGCGAUAGGGGUUAAACCCAACCCCUAGUCUAGUGCACUUCAAUUCAAGCACAACUACAAUACAGGGUCAAACCAAUUGCACUGGGUGGUGAUGGUCCAAUGAAAACAAGGGCUGGAUUAAAUCCGUAUUGCAGAAAGAUCUGCGUUAAAAUGUAAAGGUAAAUUCCGAUUGAGCUGACAUAUGCAGCGUUUACCGUGAAUAUUGCCUUUAAAAUGUCAAAUCCAGCUAUACCGUGGAUCGAAUGUAUGACUGCAUGGCCACUAUUUUCAUACUUGGCCAAAAGUCCAGCGCUAUAGCACGCUCAAAAUUUAAAGGUAAUUUCCAAUUGAGCAGACAUGCGUUUACCGUGAAUGUAGUCUCCGCAAACGUAGGAACAUUGCAAGUUCUUUCAGUCACCCAUUUUCAGCCUUAUUAUUUAUUUAAUCAAUUCUGUUGAUGUCAUGUUUCCUUCUGCUGUAACAUACAUAAUAUGAAGAAUCUACUGUAUGUAAUGUCUUAUCAUUAGCCUGCUUUUAAAUCAUUAUGAUUGGGGUCAUUUUUAAAUGUUCUAAUCCAUCCAGCAGGUCCUCAGUUACCUGUGAUAUCUAUGCACAUUUAUCACCGCUACAGAGGUGCAUUUCUCCUCUGUACCUGUGAUAUCUAUGCACAUUUCUCCUCUGUACCUGUGAUAUCUAUGCACAUUUAUCACCGCUACAGAGGUGCAUUUCUCCUCUGUACCUGUGAUAUCUAUGCACAUUUCUCCUCUGUACCUGUGAUAUCUAUGCACAUUUAUCACCGCUACAGAGGUGCAUUUCUCCUCUGUACCUGUGAUAUCUAUGCACAUUUCUCCUCUGUACCUGUGAUAUCUAUGCACAUUUAUCACUGCUACAGAGGUGCAUUUCUCCUCUGUACCUGUGAUAUCUAUGCACAUUUAUCACCGCUACAGAGGUGCAUUUCUCCUCAAUUACCUGUGAUAUCUAUGCACAUUUAUUACCGAUACAGAGGUGCAUUUCCCCUCUGUACCUGUGAUAUCUAUGCACAUUUAUCACUGCUACAGAGGUGCAUUUCUCCUCUGUACCUGUGAUAUCUAUGCACAUUUAUCACCGCUACAGAGGUGCAUUUCUCCUCAAUUACCUGUGAUAUCUAUGCACAUUUAUCACCGCUACAGAGGUGCAUUUCUCCUCAAUUACCUGUGAUAUCUAUGCACAUUUAUCACUGCUACAGAGGUGCAUUUCUCCUCUGUACCUGUGAUAUCUAUGCACAUUUAUCACCGCUACAGAGGUGCAUUUCUCCCCAAUUACCUGUGAUAUCUAUGCACAUUUAUCACCGCUACAGAGGUGCAUUUCUCCCCAAUUACCUGUGAUAUCUAUGCACAUUUAUUACCGCUACAGAGGUGCAUUUCUCCUCUUCAACCAGC